CACGGCAACUUAAUGUAAACAAAUAUGGCGCUAAAAAAGGAAAAGCCACUACCGGUGAACUAAAUUCAAAUUCAGCUAAUUAAAUUUCAGUAACAGCUUUUACUAAAACAUGGGUAUGCUUCGGUAGACUGAUAUUUCAUUACGUCGACUGUAUUUGCCACUAGUAUUGGCCUGCUGACAAUUUUCAUCAAUUUGUCGUGUUAAAGCUGACUCUAGCAUUUAAGAAACUGAAAUAUUAACUUUGGUGACGCAUUUUAACAUGCUGGAAGAAACACAGAUGAGGAAAACGACGCAGUUUGAUCCCCCUGUGAGCAGUCACAGACCUGCAUCUGGGAAAACACAGGACAUUUCUCAUGUGAUAGCAAGCAUCUUUGAGGACCUUUACUCCAAAAACAUCAUUGGAAAAGACACUCUGUCCAACUUAAUCAAGACAAAGAAUGAAUGCAGCAGCUACCAUGACAGAUAUGUGAAAGAGCUUCAACAGGCUCAUUCCGAGUAUAACCGUUGUAAUAAAGAGGCUGACAUAUUGGAGAAUCAUUUAAUCCAGGCCAGAGCUCGGGCUGCAGCCUCAGAGAGCCAGGUUUAUGAGAGAAUGAAGGAGGAGAUGGGAGAGUGUAAUGAUCACCAGAGCCUCCUGACAGUUAAAUCCGCCUUCCCCUGGUGUGUGGAUAAUGACCCUAAAAUGAACAACCUGAUUUCCCCCCAAGACUACUUGACUACAGAUAAACCACAUUUCAAAGCACCAUCAGCAAAAAAAUCAAACCCAGUCAAACCCACCAUCGCAUACACCAUGCAUGUGUCCAAGGAGCCUCAGGAUGAUGGUUAUACUCUGAUUCCCAGCCCAGAAAAGGCUGCACUUGAAAUGAACGAGUCAGAUAUCACUCUUACAUUUGAAUCCAGCUCAAACUCCCCGAAGUGGAGCAAAGCAUCCAAGGAGAAGCCAAACCAGACCAAGCCCAAACCAAAGUGGAAGGGUGAGCCAAGCGCAAAGGACCAAGAGGAGGGAUGGGAAAAAUUACAGAGGCUUCAAGAGCAACACAGCUUCCUGCGCAAUCCUCGGUCCCUUCCUCCAAAGGGUGGCACGUCUCUUGUCCGGCCUAGAACCAAAGUGGGGAAAAAGGAGUAUGUGGGGAAAGGCAUAGAGGAGAAAAGACCCACUGAUGGUGAUCCUGUCCCAGUCUUCCUAGCACUACCCUCAGUGGUGGUCUUCACUGACUACAGUGUGGGGCAUGUUUAUGAGACAACUCUGGAGCUGAAAAACCUGACUUCUGCAAGCCGUCACAUCCGCCUCAUCCCUCCUACCACUCCAUACUUCUCUAUUGGCCUGGGGAGAUUCCCCGGUGAGGGCGGCAUUGUUGCACCAGGGAUGAGUUGUAAGUACACAGUGCGGUUUGCUCCAGACUCUCUUGGCGAUUACGAGGACUUCAUAGUGGUGGAGACACAGGCUGAACACCUGCUUCUGGUGCCCAUUGCAGCUACAAGACCCCCUCCAGUACUCACCUUACCAAAGGUUCUGGACUGUGGUUAUUGUCUCAUUGGAGGAGUGAAGUUUGUUGAGUUCUUUUGCCAAAAUGUUGGGCUCAGUACCGGGACCUUCUGUAUCAUCCCGAAGAACCAGUGGCCAACCUCCAACCUCAGGUCAGUGGAAAAAAGUUUCUUUUCCGAGCAGCCACCAUUUGCAAUCAGCCCGUCUGUCUUUGCCCUGAAACCUGGAGAGACCAUUGUGGUGGAGGUGGUUUUCUUUCCCACUACCGCUGAGAGAAGCUGUCAGGUCUUCACAGUUGUUUGUGACAACUGCCAGAUCAAAGACAUCUCCACUGAAGGUGAAGGCCAGCUGAUUGCUCUUGAGCUUGUGUCUGUAUCUGGACAGAAGGAGCGUCCUGUGUUAGGAGAGGUGCAUGACCUCACUGCAGAGCACUUUGUCCGUUUCCGCCCAUGUAACCCUCACUCUGUGCAGGAGAAGAGGCUCAUCGUUAGAAACAAUGUCCAUUUGGAGCUUCCUUAUCACUGGCAGAUCAUGAAGCCAAACCUGCACACGCUGUUUCCAGGGGAGACCCCAGAUCCCUCACAUAUCCAGUUCCACCAGGCCACAGAUGAUGUUUUCCAGGUCCGCCCCAUGUCAGGAGUCUUGUCCCCGUGCCAGGAGGAGGAGUUUCUGUUCACCUUUUGUCCCAAAAAGCUGGAGGAUUACCACAGUGUGUGUCACUUAGUCCUGAGGGAUGUCCCCGAGCUGCCACCAGAGCCCAGUGAUGAUGGUGUCCUUCAGCCUGUGCGCUCUGGCUCCAAAGUGAGUGAUGUCAUUGCCCUGGAGAUAGAGGUCAAGGGGUCAACAGAGCCAUACCAGGUCCUACUCGACCCCUACACUAUUGUGAUACCUGGAGAGAUUUUCAUUUGCACCACCACCCGAAGACAAUUCAGGAUGUGGAACCACAGCAAAACCUGCAUCUCCUUCCAAUGGGAGAGAAUAAACAGCCUCAACCACAUCAUGGAAGUAGAGCCCUCUGCUGGUAGAAUAGAGGAGAACGAGUGUUUUGAUUUUGAGCUGAUUGUGACUGGAGGGAAACCGGAGAAGGUUGUGACAAGUCUGGUUUGCCACAUAGAGCACCGCCAUGAGCCUGUCACUCUGGCUGUUGAAGUCUCUUUCAAGGGUCCUAUGGUGACCCUUGACGUGCCUAGUGUGGACUUUGGCCUCGUGAAACUUGGGGAACAGACCCAGACCACGCUCCUCCUCACCAAUAUCACCCAGCUGGAGGCAAACUGGGCCCGAGAAGAAAAGCUGAACAGUCAGCAAGACACACAGAUCAUAGUGGAGCCCAGCAGAGGUGUGCUCCCCCCCUUGACCUCCUGCAGUGUGAAUGUGAUAUUUGUGCCAAGUUUCUGUCAGCACUACGACUCCCAGCUGGAGCUGACAGUGGAGAACGGAACAGGAUGUCACCUGUCAGUGCGAGCAGAUGUGCAGUCUCCUCAGGUGUGUCUGCUGAACUGUGAGCUGCUGAUGUCUGAACUGUACAUCGGAGUUCCUGCCAAGGCGGCCGUCACACUUUUCAAUCAGACUCUGCUGCCAACUGACUUCAUCUGGAUGUCUCAGCUUCAGGGAAAGCAAGCUGAUCUUUGCACAGCCAGUUUUGAGCCCUCCUCUGGUACCCUAGGACCUAACGCCAGCAUGGACAUCACAGUUAUCUUUGCCUCUCACACAGAUCUGGAGCUGACUGAUGUGGCGGCUCUCUGUAAGAUCCAGGAGAUGAACUCUCCUCUUGUUCUCAGCAUUGUGGCCUCCAAAACCAAGAAACUCAGCGUGUCCUAUUCACUAAGUGGAAGGUCCACCUCUGAGGAUGAGAGUCCCUCAGCUGUGUUACUGGACUUUGGAGACAACGUGGUUUUAAAGAGAGCUGUUACCAAGCAGCUCCUGAUAACAAAUCAAACCGCCAUCCCUGCACCUUUCACUAUAGAGGCAGAGUACUUCAACUGCCACACCUCAAGUCCAAGUGGCCAGCUAAAGCCCCGGUUCACAUAUGUGAAGAAGCCGCUUCACUCGAUCCAGGCAAAGAAAGUGGAAGAAAAAGCUCAUGAGGACUUUGUGAGCAGCCUGCUGGCUCACGGGAAAGGUGCAGCUUUCUUCGUUCUGCCAGCGUCUGGGAUGCUGGGACCGUUUGAGAGUCAGACUGUGGAUGUCACCGCUUACACCGAUAUGUGGGGGGAAUACAGAGAUCACCUCAUAUGCAAAGUGGGAGAUCUGGAGGCCACGCUCAUUCCCAUGCAGAUGACAGUGAAAGGCUGCCCGCUGUAUUUCCAGAUGACAGGUCCACGCCCAGACAACCAGACCAAAGGACCAACCAUACAGUUUGGAUCCCACGUGUCUGGAGGGGACACAGCAUCUCGUUCCCUUCGCAUCAACAAUCCCAGCAUGUUUGAUAUCCGCAUGGACUGGGAAACUUACAACAUUGAUGAGGCUGACCGUAAACCGGUGGCACACGGGGAAACCUCUCCUGUUAAAGAUGAACAUGACAAUGAGGUGUUGAGUGGAGAUUUAAGGGAUGAUGAUGAUGAUGGAGACGUUCAAGCAGCCGGGGAAGGAAACUCUGAGGGAACAAGCACCCCAAUCCAGAGCAUGACUGACAAGGAUGAGGUGGAAUUUGAAUACAAGGAUGACUGCGAGGAAGAGGAAGCCUGCAACCUCUCAGAUUACCCAUACUGCAUCACUCCUCAGCAGAUAGUGAUUCCAGCAAAAGGAAGCAGCACCACCCACAUUUCUUUCACUCCUUUGACUCUCUCUGGAUCAGUUUGUGAGUCCAACUGUGUGGGCUUGGCUCUGGGAUUCUUGAGUCUAGGCUCUGAGAUGGCUGCCUGUGUCCCGGGUAAAGUUCUAAGAGCUCAGGGUUUGGAUUUGGAGCCUGUCAGGAUGGAUCUACUCGCCGUCGUAAAGCCUGCGCUGCUGUGUGUGCACAUGGAGGAGGACGAAGGGGUGCUGGAGUUCAGAGCCUCAGCUGGUGAUUUACUACGGCGGGGAGAAUCAGAGGAGGAGCUGGUAGUGCACGAAUUUGACACCACUCAGACCCUUCAGCUGAAGAACAACUCAGAAAUGCCCCUACACUUUAGACUGGGGACUCAGCCGCCAUUUUUCGUGCUCAAGCCACAGCCUCGAGCGCGGACCAGCACCUCCAGUAACCCUCCUACUGGUGACAGUCAGACUCUGGUGCUGCAGCCUCAGCACUGCAUGCAGGUAAAGGUGGUCUUCCACAGCUCCUUAUCUCUUCUUGACCAUGCACACCGGGCAGAUGAGGAGGACCUACUUGGCGUGACGAUAAUCAGAACUGAAAGUGGGCUUAGGAAGCUGACGUUCCAGCAAAACCUCCUGAUCCACCACAGCAACAACACACUGCAGACCGUGCCUCUCUGCGCCCACUUGGAUCUUGCGACAUUGCGUCUGUCCACUGAGAGCAUCGACUUUGGGUCCUGCUAUGUUGGACUGACGCAGACAGUAGAAGUCAACCUGUACAGCCAUGGAGCCCACACAUUUUGGAAGCUGGUUACAGAUUCAGAUGUGUUCAGAGUGACACCAGACUUUGGGCUUCUCAAGUCCAAGGAUCUUCAUGUCAGGAGCUGCAGCCAACGUCUUCAGAUCAGCUUCACUCCCAGUGAGGACAGAGCAUUCAGGUCCACUGUGGUGAUCCAGUCUCCUCUGGUGAAGACCCCCCUCACUCUGCAGCUCCAAGGGGUUGGAUCCUUCGAUGAGGUGUACAGGUCCAACUCGGCCCUCCAAUAACACAAAAUCACAACCAGUUGUUUAACAUGUUCUUCUUAAAUCAACUUAUUUAUAGUCCUUUUUGUAAGAAUGUAAAUAAAAAGGAAGAACAACUA